AUGGGAUGCUUUUCUCUGUUUUAUCUCAAAUUAUCGGAUAAUAAAUUGCAAGGACAAAUAUUUCCAGGAUCUAUCAACCUACCGGACUUGACCUGUUUAUAUCUGGAUAGCAAUGAGUUCACAGGCACCAUUCCAAAGAACUUGUCUACCAUCCUUCUUGAAGUGUUAGACGUUAGUAACAACAAUUUGUCGGGAAGAAUUCCUACAUUAGUGGGUAAUAGAACGUUGAAAUGGAUUUCUCUGUCUAACAACCAGCUUGAGGGUCCAAUCCCGGAGGAAAUUUGUAAUCUUGAUUUUCUUGGCCUCUUAGAUUUAUCUAAGAACAAGUUAUGUGGUUCAAUCCCAUCUUGCUUCAAUCCAUCAUGGAUACGUCAUGUCUAUUUGAAUAAUAACCAACUGGAGGGCGAGCUCACAUAUACAUUUUAUAAUAGCUCUUCUUUGGUGUUAUUGGAUCUUAGAUGGAAUAAGUUCAUUGGAAGUGUCGGUGCUGGAGGAAUCUCAGUGACAGGAGGGCACAAGGCUGACCCAAUGCCAAUGCAGGGGAGGGAGGAGGGUGGGAACCAAGGACACCAGGUUUUGACAGGGAAGGAAGUAACGGUACUGGCAAAGUUGCAAGAGCUGGUGGAGAAGAUGGGGGAGUAG